UUUGGGGUUAGGGAUAAAUAGGGUGAAGGGUUAGGCUUUCAGGGUUAUUUAGAGGGCUAAAUAAUAUACACUUGUAUUAUAUAAAAACAUAUUUGAGAUAGAAACGCAUAAAAUGAUCAGUGAUGCAGCCCAUAACCCUAAUAUUUGCAGUCUAAAUAUGUGUGUCCCAAUGAUGUGCAUUGUUGGCUAGCUUAUACUAACUUGUUUUCUGGCCUAAUAAUGCACAGAAAAGGGAAAGAAUGUGUUUAUGUUUCACGUAAGGAUUUUUAAUGGUGGGCAAAAUUCCCCCAAAAAGUGGAGUUCCCCUUUGAGGUGGUGAAAAUUGCUUUUUUAUGCUCUGAAUUCAAAGUACCUCCACAUGACUGAGUUCCUGCUUAUACUUUGGCGACUUCUUCCACCGCAGACGUGGUAGUUUGUUUACUAGCCAGCAGGCUUCUGCUCCGUCCAUCCUGCAUGAGGGAGAUACAGCGCAAAUCCAUUCUGUAUCAAUAUCAAAGAUAUGGUUGAUUUUGACAUUGUGUUUAAUGGAAAUGCCCAUAUAUAUCUAUAUUUUUAAAAAGCAUUAUGAACAUGUGUAUUGUUUUAACACUGCCACAUUUGUAGGAUCAUGGUGCCAACCAGCCUAGCAUCUUGGAGACCCUCGAGCACUUUCCCAAAACAUAGACCACAUCUGGAAAGUGUCCAAUGGAUGCUCGGGACCUUUCCAAGCUCGCUGUCUCGUUGGGAUCAUCUUCGACCGGGUGAUAGUCAAGCUCAAAGGCCAUAUGAGGACAUGAGGUUGUUUGCUGUCUGGGUGGUUCAAGGAAGAGGAAUUAAGUGCAUGAAGUGGUACUACAAAGAUAUGAAUGCUGCAGGGUGCAAUCAUUGUAGCAGCAGAUGGAGCUUAAAACCUGAUCAACUGGCUACUGACAAAUCACCGAUUGGCUGACUGGCUGCCAGUUUUGUUGGGCUUGGCAGGUAUUUCAAGCUCACUCGACAUUGGCUCCUCUAGUCGUGCACCAGAGCGCUGCUGAAGAGACCAAGUUGAACCAAGAUGACCUCGGUGGGAAACAACUCUGUCUUGAAGGAGGUGGACCUCCACAGUCAGAGCAACAACCAGGAGCACCACACCAGUGAACUCUCUGAAGAGCAACUAAUUGUGCGGAGAGGACAGUCCUUCAAGGUGACCUUGAAAGUGACAAAGCCUUUUCAUCCUGGCCUUCAUUCCCUCGUGCUCACCGCGGCAACUGGUGGAACGCACUCCUCCGAGAACCAAGGCACCUUGUCACGCUUCGGUAUCCCAAACCCCCCCAGUCUUUCACCGACAGCAAAAGCCGUUUGGACAGCUGAACUUCACCGAAACUCCUCGUUGAGCACCUUGAUCCUGCUCAUCACUCCCCCGCCAGAUGCUCCCAUCGGAAAGUUCAUCCUGAAAGGGAGUCUCUGGGAUGAGGAAUUCCAGCUGGCCACGCUGGUGGUGCUCUUCAACCCCUGGUUCUCUGGAGACACUGUCUUCAUGUCUGAUGAGUCCAAGAGACAAGAAUAUGUGAUAAAUGAACACGGAGUCAUCUACAGAGGAAGUACAUUUCACAUCUCUGGAAUGAACUGGGACUUUGGCCACUUUGAAGAGGACAUGGUGGAUAUUUGCCUCAAGAUUCUGGACAAGAACCUCAAGCACAAAGAAAACCCCAGCAAGGACCUUGCCUCUCGCAGCGACCCCACCUACGUUGGCCGCGUGGUCAGCGCCAUGAUCAACAAUGUAGAUGACCCCGGCGUCCUGGUGGGCAACUGGUCAGAUUCGUAUGCGGGCGGAUUCUCUCCCUCUCACUGGAGCGGCAGCCAUGACAUCCUGUCUCAGUGGAUGAAAAACGACUCCCACCCUGUCAAGUAUGGUCAGUGCUGGGUGUUUGCUGGCGUGAUGUGUUCAGUGAUGCGGCUGCUUGGUGUCCCCACCCGCGUGGUCUCCAACUUCCAGUCAGCCCAUGACACCGAUGCAAACCUGACCAUCGACGUGUACCACGCCGACGAUGGGGUCGAUCCCAUAGAGUCCGACGACAGCAUCUGGAACUUCCAUGUGUGGGUGGAGUCAUGGAUGACACGUCCCGACUUGAGUAAAGACGGCAAAUAUGAUGGCUGGCAAGUGUUGGAUCCGACACCACAGGAGCCCAGCAAUGGUAUCUACCAGUGCGGCCCUGCCUCACUCAUCGCCAUCCGCAAUGGUGAAAUAAAACUCCCCUAUGACGUCCCGUUUGUCUUCGCUGAGGUGAACGCCGACUGCAUGGAUUGGCUGGUGAAAGCAGACGGGACCAAGGUUUCCCUCUACUCUGACACCAAGCGAGUUGGUCAUCAAAUCUCCACCAAGGCAGUGGGUUCCAAAAAGAGGGAGAUCAUCACCCAGAACUACAAGCCCAAAGAGGGGUCCGAGGAGGAAAGGGCCAUCUUCAGGUACGCUAUGAGCAAAGAUGAAGAGAACGACGAUGACGGGGAGGUGUCCGGGGGCAGCGCAAAUGAUGGCGACGGGUCAACUGCACCGCCCCCCGCCCCACCACCAGAGCUGGUCUUGCGCUUUGAGGAGUUGUCCAAGCCGCAGUACGGUCAGGAUGUGCGGCUGCAGCUGGUGCUGAGCAGCGACAGCAGAGUGGCCAGGCAGAUGUUGGUCCACAUCAGCGUGGAGGGACUGAGGUACACCGGAACCGUGGUGCUCACCAUCCACACGGAAAAGAAGGAAGUGACGCUGCAGCCUGGCAAAGAGCUGUCCGUCCCCAUCGGGAUCCCCUUCGAGGCCUACUACAAGCACAUGGACGUGUGCGACAGCUUGAAGGUGUCGGCCAUGGUGACAGACAAGCAACAUCCUGACAAAACCUACCUGGCGGAGGACAACAUCUUGCUCCAGGACCUCCCCGUCUCCGUGUCGGUUUCUGGUUUUGUCAGACAGUACCAAGAGGCGUCUGGGGAAGUGGUUUUCAUGAACUCCACUUCUGUGGAGCUGACAGGCUUGACGCUGACGCUGUCUGGAAGCGGCCUCUUGAAGACCGAGGUGGAACACAGGCUUCCCAAUUUGUCUCCCAGCAACCGCAUCCGUGUCCAGUUCGGCUUUGUCCCCUACCGGGCUGGAGAGAAGACCCUGGUGGCCGACAUUCACGGUUCCUAUUUUAAAGAUUUCAAGGGCUACCACACCGUCAUGGUUAAUCGUUUUUAGAUUAUUAUUUUUUAUAAAUCUUUUUUUAUCUAACUAAUUACUCUUACUGUCAGCAUAACGCGUUACCAUUUUUGUCUUCAGCCAAUCAGAGAACUUGGGUGGGCGGGUAGUAGAUACAGCAUAGUGAGAUGGUGAGUGAGGAGGACUCUAGUGAGGUCAAAGGUAAAAAUGUAGAUGUCUAAUGUACAUUUUGUCCCUGAAAAAAAAACGUCAAACCUCAGUAAUGGUACCCAUCUUUGCUGUGUGUGUGUGUGUGUGUGUGUGUGGUGGGGUGGGGGGUUGCAGCAGGGGCGAGUAAUGUUAAGUAAGAGUAAGUUACUUUUACCGGUAACUAGUUACUUUUGUAGUGGGGUAACUCAGUUAGUAACUCAAUUGCUUUUUUUUUUGAAGUAACUAUAACUAAUUACUUUUUUAAAGUAACGUGCCCAACACUGCAUAUUACGUACAGUACAUACAUUGUACAUAAUACAUGUGACACUUGCAUACAAAGUAAUGCUUGCAUGAAUAAAACAUUUGCUACAAGUCCUCAAGGUUUGUCCACACUGCUUCAUCAAUUCGUUUCAAAUAUGAGGAGAUGAAUAAAGUCUAUGUACAUUUGGCAAGAAGAUGCUUUUCCACUCCAGUCCUGCA